GUUAGUUCAAAUUUCGGUUUUGACUUUUAGCGUUUUUUGUUGAAGUUCUGAUUUUGUAUAUCAACACUUUAUGGACAAUUUAUGUGAUUUUUGUUUUAAUAUACAUCAUACAUUUAUGAUUUUGUAUUUUUUGUAUAUUUUUUGUGAUUUUCUUUCAAUUUUUAAGAUUAGGUAGAUUAUGAAAAUUCAUAUAUAUAGAAUCAUUGUUGUUUGAUGUUCAAUACGCAGUUGUUAAAAGAUUUUUUUUUUCUUCAGAUUUUUGAAUUGUUGGGGGAAAAAACAGUGUAUUGUAUGCAUUGGCUGAUUCAGUCAGAAUUACUAGAGGUAUAAACAACAACAUUCAAAAUUUUAUGGAAUUUUCCUCAUUUGAUUUGUGCAUUACUCAAGGAAUGAUCGAAAAUGUAGGAUCUGCGGCGAGAAUGACACUAGAGUAUGAAAGGGCAAUUGAUAGCUCUUCAAAAAAAAGAAAAGUAUCGUGCUAUAAAACCACUGUUGAUCAACAAAAAUAUCCAAGUGAUGAAGUAUUACGUCAUGACGAUGAAGAGGCAAAUGAAUUUUAUGUCAAAAAUAAACCAAAAAAAGCUCCCCAUAUUCAUUGUUUCUUUAAUCAUGACAUAAAAGAUGACUUGAUGACUUAUUUACAUGGACAUGUAUACAAUGUAUUCUGUGAAAGCACCUGCUUUGGUAAUUAUAUGCAAAUGCAUCAAUGUCGUGCUCGCGGACAAAUACAUAGGUGUUGCAUGGCUUUAGAACUCAAUAGUUCUCGCCAAGCAUUUGUAAUGCGUGUAAAUAGAUCUACGUUGCGUUUCACUUUGAGAGAAUUUGCUUUAAUCAGUGCAUUAAAUUGUGUCAACGAAGAAACUGAUUUCAUCUUUGAUCAGUUAGAACCAAAUAGUUUCAUGGAAAAAUAUUUUGAGGGUGUUAAGUUGAUCAGAAAAAUUGAUAUAAUUAGGAGUUUUCAUCGAAAAGUAUGGGGGGAGAACGAUCAGGAUGGCCUGAAGUUUGCAAUUUUAUACUUCAUUCAGACAGUGAUUUUUUCCGGUGAAAGAGCUACCAAAAAAAUUUUGAGAUUAUAUUUUGAUCUUGUUGAAAGUGGAAGGUACAGUGAGUUUCCAUGGGGAAAAAAAACUUUCUCUUUGCUGACGAAGAGCCUGAGCAAGAGGUUAAAUGAUGAAAAACAAUUUUACAGAAUCGGGGGAAUGCCUAUUGUAUUCCAAGUAUGGUUGUUUGAGUGCAGCUCGAGUAUUGAUUUCCAAGUCGCUCAAAAGGUUGAUGACCAUAUUCCGAGGUUGCUCAACCGGCGCACGACCAAUGAGAGUCGUAGAUACAAGAAACUUAUGAACACCAUAUUUAGUGAUGUUAAUAACAAGAUUAAAUUCAGGAACAUUACACCAAAUCAAAGGGAACUUGUAGUAUUGCAACUGCCACCGGAGGGUAUUGAAAAUCAAGCUCCACCUCAGUAUUCAGAUUCAUCAGAUGAUGAUAUAGAUGAUGAAAUAAUUGAUAGAAAUGAUGUUCAACGAGAGGGAAGCUACGACGAUAAAGAUUCUGAAGAUGAUUUUCAAGCACCUCCUCCACAAGCAGUAAAGGUCAAAAGAAAAGAAAAUGGUGGUUCCUCAACGUCGCCUGUUAGAAAAAGGACAAAGAAGCUGGUGACUGGUGGAUCCAAACAGGUUGCAAAAAAUUUGGAACCUCGAAUUGCUGUUAAACAACCGAUGAAAAAGAAUGUUGUAUCAAAAAAGGUACUAAAGAAACUUAAGGUUAUUUUAAAACAAACUGAAUGUCUACAUGCAUAUCUAACAAAAAUACAACUUUCGAGUGAUUAUGAUAUUUUUCAGAGAACAAGCGGAUCUGAAGUGGGAAGGCUGGGUGAAAGAGCUGUCAGAUUUCAGAAAAUAAGUAUUUACCAUAUAGUACAUCCUUCAUAGUUAUACACUUAUUAUAAUUAUAAAUUUUUAAUAACGUACAUCAUUAUGCCAUAUUUUUAGGUUAAACAAGAGUUUGUUGAAAUUCGCAAUUUGAUCAACGACAACUUCAAAACUGUUCUGGCAGCCAUCAAUUCAACACGGGAUGAGCAGGCGGUUUGUUAUAAAAAAUAAAAUGAUGUAACGUAUUUCAAAUUUACAUUUUUGUUAAUGAUUUACGUGUAAUAUAACACAGGCAGAGCAUUCUGAUGAUCAUAUUGUCCCUCCAAAUUCAAAUGAUGAAGAUGGGUAUACACCACCAUACACUUUCAAUAAAGAAUCUCCAUCAAAUCAAGUUUCU